UUUGGAAAAAGACAAACUGAAACCGACCGGGUUUACAGAUAAAGAAUAGUGAACAGAGUAGGACUUUUCCUCCUUAUAAGAAAUUUUCGUGUGUUUGCUCCUUAUUUCAAAUAAACAAAGUAAUGAUUUGCCCGGAUUUUCUAGAAUUUCAGGAUAUCCUUAAAAAAAUGCGAGUGUUGGAUGAUAAAAUUGUUUAUACCCUGAAUACCUCUAUUCCUACGGAGUCUUUUAAAACAAAAGUAAAUGCUACAGAAGCUUGCCAAGAGUUAUACCAUCAAAUACAAAAGGGCCAUGAAGAACGAGAAAGUGUUAUAAAAAAAUGUAUCGUCACAACAGCUGACAGUGUUAAAAAGUUAUUAUCCGCUAAAGAGACAAAUCCUGAUGAUUUCGAAACUUUGAAGAAUUUGAAAGCUGAACAAAGAAAGUUACGUCUCUUACAAACUGAGCUAAGCGUGGAAGAAGUGAUUAAAGAAAAGACAUCUAAACUGUUCACUGAGAAAUGUAGAUCAUAUUACAAGCCUAAUGAUUCAUGAAGACUGACAUUUGAAAUACAGGGUACACUUGGAAUAUAUUGUAUAUAGUUAUAUAAAUAGUGAAGUAUAGCUUUAUAAGUCUUUUUUU